AAAGCCACUUCCUCUGUGUAAGUAAAUGAAAUGCGUACUGCACUCUUUAAAUUAAGGAAGGGCUGAACGUGUGAAGUAGCCAGAGAUUUCUGCUGCUGCAGCUCAGUUCUGUAGCUCAGCUGGUCUGUGAUUUCACCAUGUUCAGGUACAGCAGACGGGCUGUUCUGGCAGUGGUGCUGAUUCUUCAGAAUCAAGUUCAGGCAGGGAGAAUUGUUGGAGGCUGUGAGGCUGUGCCACAUAGCAGGCCGUACAUGGUGUUUCUGGAGAGGAUCAUGGAAGAUGGUAAAACAAAGUACUGUGGAGGAUUCCUACUGAGUGAGGAUUUCAUGAUGACGGCUGCCCACUGCCAAGCCGAGAAGUACACCGCUUGGGUUGGAGUCCACGAUACGAGCACAAGAGAUUCAGAUAAAAGUGUCCAGAAAACCUCCAUAAAAGAAGCAUUUCCCCAUCAGAAUUUCAACAGCUCUAAUUAUAUCAACGAUAUCAUGAUCCUGAAAUUCAGCUCCAAGGUGAAGAUCAACCAAGUUGUGGAAACCAUCAGUCUGGCCGACCAGGAUGCUGGAUCUCUGCCAUCAUCGUGUUCUGUCUCUGGCUGGGGAGUGACAAGCUGGAAUAACCAAUAUAUAACCAACAUACUUAAGGAAGUCAAUGUAACAGUGAUUAAUGAUGAUGUUAAUAACUGUUCAAAGAUGAAGUUCUACUGCUCAAAGGACAAGACAGGACCGGGUCAGGGGGACUCUGGAGGUCCGCUGGUCUGUGAUGGGAAGGCCUAUGGUGUCGUUUCUACAUUGUUUAAGAAACCAUAUUCAAAUGAAAUUCCGUUGGCUCUUUACACCAUGAUCCCUGAAUACAAAGAAUGGAUCAACUCAGUCAUUAAUGAGGCUUAAAUACAUUUCUUAACAACAGGAUACCUGGCUAACCACACCACAUUUAAUAUUGAUCCUUAGAUGUGGGACUAUUUCAGAGUUGGCAGGAUUACCUGAGAACUGAUCCUGUAUUCAUAACACUGCCAUGCCAAUAAAUGUCUUGCUUCAGACUAAUUUCUCUCUAAAAACAAACUUUUAACACUCAUGUAGUGAUUUUGUCACAUUAUUUCAACAAAGAGAAAAAUUUAACCACGCGUUUCAUCUAUAAAAAUGAAAAUUGAAAGGUUUCUAAGCCUUUCUUGAUACAAACAUAAACAAGAAUAAUAACUUAAAAAAUAAGUCUUUUAAAAAAAACUUCUACUGAUCUUUUAAAACUUUUUGUUCAACUUAUUCUGUAUUAAGUUUGAAGGAAUAAACAAGUUAAUUCU